GACACGACACACAGAAAUGCUUCUUGCCAGAGACGGGUUUAAGCCAGAAAUCAGUCGCAGCUAGUGGCCCGAAGAGUCAGUUACAGAGAUACUACACACCGAAAGAGUAGACCAGAGACCAGAGCGCGUUACGUAGUGGAGUUGAGUGCCUCUCGAAAAUCGUUGUCGAAUUCUCGAAUGUUGUGUGUAUUUUUUGAACCCAUGAUAAAGUGCUAACCCAACCCAAAUCAGAGAAAUAUCCAAAAAGGAAAAACUCAUCUCAGUGAAAAAAACAAAAAACAAAAAAAAAACGAAAAAGUGGAAAAAGUGCAUACGCCCACACGUGCAAUUAAAAAGUCAUAAUAAAAGGCACACACCGUUCCAGAGCCAAAUAAAAAUUCAGCAACAGCAACAACAACAACAACCAGGCAACACAACAACAGAAAUAAAGAUGAACCAGACAUGCAAAGUGUGCGGCGAACCGGCGGCUGGCUUCCAUUUUGGCGCCUUCACCUGCGAGGGCUGCAAGUCGUUCUUCGGCAGAUCGUACAACAACAUCAGCACCAUCAGCGAGUGCAAGAACGACGGCAAGUGCGUCAUUGACAAGAAGAACCGCACCACCUGCAAGGCCUGCCGCCUCCGCAAGUGCUACAACGUGGGCAUGUCCAAGGGCGGCUCGCGGUACGGCCGCCGCUCCAACUGGUUCAAGAUCCACUGCCUGCUGCAGGAGCACGAACAGGCGGCCGCCGCGGCCGGCAAGGUCCAGUCCGCUGGCGGAGUCACCUCCUCGCCCGUGGGCUCCCCACACACCCCCGGAUUCGGGGACAUGGCCGCAGCCGCCGCCCAUCUGCACCACCAGCACCAGCAGCACCAGCAGCAGCAGCAGGCCCAGCAGCAGCAGCAGCAGCGCCACCCACACAUGCCCCUCCUCGGGUACCCCAGCUACCUGGGCGAGCCCUUCGGCGCCCGCCAUCCCGCCGACGCCGCUGCCGCAGCAGCCCUGCCCUUCUUCAGCAUGAUGGCCACCCCCCAGUCGGCCUUCCAGCUGCCCCCCCAUCUGCUCUUCCCCGGCUACCACGCCAGCGCGGCGGCUGCAGCGGCCGCGGAUGCCGCCUACCGCCAGGAGAUGUACAAGCACCGCCAGAGCGUCGACUCGGCCGGAUCGGUGGAGUCGCACAGCCGCUAUACACCGCCCAGUGUGGCGGCAGUGCCCUCGCCCCCAGCCCCCGUUCGCCCCCAGACGCCUAUCGAUGUGUGCCUGCAGGAGGAGGAUGUCCAGUCUGUGCACAGCCACCAGAGCCACCACAGCCAGCACAGCCACCACAGCCAGCAGAGCCAUCAGAGCCAUCAGAGCCACCACAGCCAGACGAUGCACCACCCAAUCGCCAUACGGGCCACCCCCACCGCCCAGCUGUCGGUGAGCCACCACUCGUCGCACCACUCCAGCCCCAUUCCCAUGGGCAAGUCGCAGAGCAGCAGCCCCCUCAGCUUUGCCGCCAAAAUGCAGUCCCUGUCGCCCGUCUCCGUCUGCUCCAUCGGCGGAGAGACCGCAGUGCACCAUCAUCAGCAGCAGCAUCAGCAGCAGCAGCAGGAGCAGCCCGCUGCCCCAGCAGCUGCCCAGGACGGACCCAUGGACCUCAGCAUGAAGACGUCGCGCAGCUCUGUGCACAGCUUCAACGACAGCGACGCCUGCAGCCUGCAGGACGAGCAGGAGCAGGCGCCGCGCCGCAAGUUCUACCAGCUGGAGGCCGAGUGCAGCACCGCCAGCAGCAGCAGCAGCUCCAUCGCCACCAACACCUCCUCCUCCUCCUCGUCCGACCACGAGGCCGUCAAGCGGCAGAAGCUGGGCGGCGGCCAGGAGGCGGUGGUGUCGUCUCCCUUUGGGGCAGCCACAGCGGCGGCACGCAGCGGCUUUGCGGUGGCCCACAAUGCGGCCAGUGCGAUGCGGGGUAUCUUUGUGUGCGUCUAAGCGGAUCGCUGGAUCGCUGGAUCGUUGGAUCGGUAGAGCGCGGUGGGAGGAGCUCCAGUAACCCCCUCCCUCCCUUCCUCCCCCCGCCAACCACUUGUUGUUGAUUUUUUAGUGUAUGUUUUUUUUUUUGUUAAAUGUUAAUUUCAUUUGCGGGCCUCACUCGCACACACGAUAGACAGAGAGACAGGGAUGGCGAUAGACUGGUUUGCUGGAAAGAGACAGCCAGAUAGUUGCAUCGCACUCUCUCUCUCACACACACAAACACACACAAACACGUACACGUACACCUAUUGAGAGCUCAAAUCCAAAAAUUAUUUUUACAGAAAGAGCAAAAGUACCACCCCCCCGUCCCCCCCGUUUCCCCCCACACGAACAGAAAUUGUAUAUAUUGUAUCUUUGUAUCUUCACUUUUUUUUGUAAUAGUAUCUAAGAGUUAUAGAUAGAUAAGAUAUGCAUAGAUAUCAUCCAAUCCAUUCCACUCCAUUGCAUUCCAAAAACAACAAAAAAUCGUGCGCAAAAGUAGUGAAAAAUCCCACCCUGAACAAAAAACCGCUAUUGUACAUAGAAAUUUGUCAACCUUAAGGCUCGAUCUUAAUUUGUGCUAAGUAACUUUUUUUUUUAUUAAUUAUUAUUGUAAUUUGUAGUCUUAGUUACUAUAUACAUACACACAUGUCUAUAUAGAUUGGCUUUUAAAUUUAUGCAAAAGAAA